CGACUUCCCUUCACUCAUUUUCUCCCACCAACAUCACACUCUGCAACGCGCCGCCCCGGCCCCAACUCGCGCCCACUGAGCCCAGUCCAAGUUGAAAACCAAGACAAUUUAAAGCAUCUGCACCACGCGCAGAUCAUCAGCCUUGCAUGACCACUCGGCCAGGUUCCUCUCUCCUCUCUCUCUCCACCUCCACCCAACCCGCCACAGACCGCGCGAGCCGCGGGCCACAACCACCUUGGGCUCCGGGGGCCACCACAACGCGUCUCAAUCGCCCGCAUAGGCGCGUCUAACACCACUUAGCUUCUCGACUUUGCUGUUCUGAUAUUUCCCGGUUACGAGGCUGUGAUAUCAGCCUUGCAGCUGUUUUUGGGUUUUCUUCCUCGCCCGCCCAUCGGCAUGGUCCUCUUCAAGCGCAAGCCGGUGCAGUUCCUGCCCGUGCCUGAGAUUGAGGAUGAGAACCAGGAGGUCUGGCAUAUUCCCCAGACCGGCGAGGUAUUUCUUACAUACGAGGACUACUUGAACAGACUCGACUUUUAUAAACAGAAGCGCUUUAUAUGCACCAUCACUGGCCACUCCGGCCUCACCUUCUUUGAUGCGCUCGACAGCGAGCUCGCCGGCGCUGCCGAAGUAGACCAGGCAUUUCCCGAGGCACUCAAAGGCCCCAUCCUCCGUCGCGUCCAGUUUCGGACCGUGUCCCGCAUCGACACCCUCGUCGACCAGAUCUAUGAAGAGUUCAAGAAUGACUACUACCCCGGCGAGGCCGUUACCGUCCACAUCCUGGGCGGCGAGAGACUACACGGCGUGGUGCGGGAUAAGACGCGCUUCGGCAGCAAGGUCCUUCCAGACGGCACUGUCACACCGCCCUUCUCGCGCUACUUUGUCAGUUUGGAUCAGCGUCCCGACGAGGAGGCCGUGGUGGAUGACGCCCACAUAUUCCGCGACCGCAAGGUCUUCACCAAGUCGGUACUACGGUCCUUCAUCAAGAAGACGGUAACGAGGGAGGCCUGGAAUGGCGCCCCGUGGUUGGUCAAGCAUGACGUUGCCGAAAAGUAUCACAUUGACACACGCGUACCGCCCCAUCUGCGCUACGACAAUAAGCUUUUGGAGCGGAAGCAGAUGCAGGCUCAGAAGAAGCUGUCGCAGCCAGACCCGAAUCCACCAUCGGGGCCCUUCAGCCCCACCGGUCCGGUCCGGCUGCCGGAGCUGAAGCCCGCGCCCAAAAGCCACAAGUCCAAGGCGCAACAAGCCCUGCAAGCCCAGCAACAUGGCUCCAUCAAGGGCAAGCAUAGCACGUUUGGAGGGCACGAACCGGGCCAAUUUGUUCACCUGCCGCUCCCAGGAAACCCCUUUCAGUUCCCAAUGUCCUUCCGCGGCCCAAUGCCCCCGCCAAUCCUCCCACAGCGGGAGCCGUCGCCGCCCCCGCCGCCGCCACCCCCGAAGUACCCCAUUGAAGACUUGCAGUUGGAGCCCCGGGGGAAAGUCCGGCCGUUGCUCAACUACAUGUGCAGUGACCCGCCAGUUAACGUCAUAGCCGAGGGCAAGUCCCCCUUGGGCGACAAGAUCUUGAUGAAGUCAAUAGGACCGCUACUCGAGACGUGGGACACGCUAAACGUCUACUGCGAAAUUUUCAAACUGGACUCGUUCACUUUUGACGACUAUGUAGAAGCUAUGCUGGUUGCCUCUGAUACGAACCCCGUCCAGCUCUUUGACGAGAUACACUGCGCGGUUCUCAAAAUACUCGUCAGUUCCGAGUCGGAAGGGGGUAAGGUUCAGAUCCAGCUGCCAGAGCUGGAAGAUGAAGAGGAGGACGACGAGGAAGAGCAGGAUGAGGAUGCGGAACAAGAAGACGAGACCAACGUGCCUACGCCUGAACCGGAACCCCAACCGUCGGGCCGCGCUACCAGGAGUAGCAUGGCCAAGUUGGAGGCGGAACGAUUGGCAGCGGAGGCUGCUGCCGCCGAGAAAGAACAGCAAGAGGCUGAGGACGCACCGAAACACCGCGCUGAGGAAGUACUCCGGGGCUACGACUGGAUUGAACACCUUAAGAAGCGCGAUUUCAAGGACGGUGGCUGGCAGCUGAUCAUGGUCGGGCUCUUGCACCAGUUAUCGAAAAAGGAGCGGCUACACGCCAGCUGCGAGGAGCUUUUACAGCAACUGGUUCCGACCGACAUCGAGCCCAGCCAGGAGACGGUACGCCAAAGAUAUGCCGCCCUCGAUGUCAACUACCGCGUCCAGGCGCUGCAAAUCAUCUGCAUGCUCACGGCUGAGACCAAGGCCAUCCGCGGCUACAUGGAGGAUUGCAGCGAGCAGAUGACAGCGUAUAGGAAAGAAAAGAUUGAAUGGCAGAGGAAGCGGAAACAACUAAUCGAGGAGCUGAAGGGUCUUAAUGACCAACGCAAAAUCCUCUUGCCGGACAACUUACCCCCAAGCCCGCCUCUGGAGCCAGUGAAAGUGAACGGGGAUGUCAAGAUGUCAGACGUUGAGGAUGUGCCGGCAAACACGUCGGAAGAAGUCCCGGACACAGACGAUGACAUGCCAGCCAGGAAACUCCGGCGGGGCAACGAUCGUGCGGCCGAACGCAAACGCAAGGCUGAAAAAGAGCAAGAAAGAAAGGAGAAGGCCGAGGCGGCGGCCAAGGUGCCGAAGCAAUCGAAACAGUUCCAACGAGUGCUCAAGGACAUCCAAAAGAAGGAGGACGAAAUUGCCGAGUGCGAGCGCGAAAUCGCCGUCAUCGACAACGAUCUCCGUGAGGCCGACUGCCCGCGCACUCGCGUGCUGGGCAAGGAUCGCUUCUGGAACAGGUAUUAUUGGUUCGAGCGCAACGGCAUGCCCUACGGCGGGCUUCCCAACAGCUCAACCGCCGAGGCCGGCUACGCUAAUGGGUGCAUCUGGGUGCAAGGCCCGGACGAACUGGAACGCGAGGGCUACAUCGAUAUGGCCCCCGAGUAUCAGGACGAGUACAGGGCCAAGUUUGACAUGACGGUUCCCGAGAGGAAGAAGCUUGAGGAGGGCGACACCAGCGUGUACAAUGCCUGCCAGUGGGGUUAUUACGCCGAUCCGAAGGACUUAGAUGCCCUCAUAAACUGGCUUGACCCGCGAGGGUUCAAUGAGCUGAAGCUGAGGAAGGAGCUGGUCAACUACCGGGAUAAGAUCAUCAAGAACAUGGAAAACCGGAAGGCAUACCUUGGCAUACCGAAUGACGAGAAGAAGGUGGAAGACGGGAAGGAGAAGGAGGCGGAGCGGGAGCAGGAAGUGGUGGCUGUGGCCGCGCCUGUGGGUGGAAGCAACAAACGCAUGAGUACCCGGGGCAGAAGCGCCGCGGCAACGGCGACCACCACUGAGCAGGACCACCCACCAGCCCCUGCGUAUCGGUGUAUGAAAUGGCAAAACACAAUGGCACUGGACGAGAUUGGGCACCUACACAGCAUGGAACCGCCCCCGGCGAAGUCGAAAAAGCCGACAAAGAAAAAGGAG